CCCGGCCAUCGAAUCCAUCUGGACGACCAGACGGCGGACGACAGCUAGUUCUUCUUCGUCUUCUUCGAUAGCUACACGCGCUCCAGCUGGAGAGCCUCGCCGCAGCCAUGGACAAAGUGCAAGCCUUUGGGAAGAACUUCACUGCGACGUUCAGUCCCUUUGCUGCCCGAACACAGCAGUACGUCAAGGAACAGCUUGGUCAAGCUGAGGAGAGGACUCAACUUCCAAAUGAUUACCUCGAGCUCGAGAAGCGAGUUGAUGCGCUCAAGACCGUCCAUCAGAAGCUCCUGCAGGUCACCUCGCAAUACUCGAACGAGGCCUAUGACUACCCACCCAACAUCCGCGAAUCCUUCAACGACCUAGGCCGUACUAUUAGCGAGAAGGUUCAGCUUCUCUCGCAGGCUUCGUCUCCAGGAGAAGCACAGUCGGCUCUGACCGCUCCGCCAUCUGCAAAGCCCCAGCCAAAGACCUUCAGUCAUGCCAUUGCCCGCGCCGCCCUUGCUAGCUCGCAGGUCAUCGUCAAUGCCAACCCCCCCGGCACCGAAGAUCAAUUGGCAGUUGGCCUAGAGAAGUUCGCUCUUGCAUCUGAGAAGAUCGGAGAGGCUCGAUUGGCGCAGGAUGCUCAGAUUCAGUCUCGUUUCCUUGCUGGAUGGAACACCACCCUCAACACCAACCUCAUGUUUGCGACCAAGGCUAGAAGGAAUGUCGAGAACUCGAGACUCAUGCUUGACUCGACCAAGGCUGCUAAGGGUGCGACCAAGGACAUGGACCACCUGAGCGAAGAUGCUCGUGCCGAGAUUGAGCAGGCAGAGGAUGAGUUCGUUGGACAGACCGAGGAGGCAGUUGGCGUAAUGAAGAACGUCAUUGAUACCCCUGAACCGCUGCGCAAUUUGGCAGACCUGAUUGCUGCUCAGCUUGAGUACCAUAAGAAGGCUUAUGAGAUCCUCAGCGAACUUGGUCCCAUCGUUGAUGGCUUGCAGGUCGAGCAAGAAGUAUAAUUUGUCUUUUUUUCCAGUACAUUAUCUUGUAUUGUCACUAACUGAUGAAUAGGCAAACUACCGCAAGAGUCGAGAGGGUGCGUAAAUGUCUACUGAUACCCAUCAUAUUGAAAAAAAACCGACAGUUGGACGGUGAAAGAGCUUGGAGGACACUCCUAUAUCCAUAUUUUUCUAUAACUUCUACACUUUUUAUAUCAAUCGGUUAGAUAAUUGCUAUUAUCACCGUCCCUAUUGUCUGUACUGCCGUGAACUCGUAGCUUCACCCGCCUGUAUAGCUGCUGUACUUUGCUCCAUUGCUCUCUUCUUGACCCCAGUUUUAUUUCUCCCAUGUCCUUAUCCUCUUAGGUUCCUGGUUAUAUCUGUAUCAAAUGGCCCACGCCUGAUUCUUCAAUAUAAGUUCAUCCGUAUGUUAUAUAUGCAUUCCCCAGGAUUCUAGAUCUCACUUUUUCCUGAGUCAUUUCGUAUCAUGGACCAAAUAAACGAAUAACACUUGGCCGGACGGCUCAUCUCGCCCAACUCGACCAUGCAUAC